AUGGCCAUGUCCAUUCGUCCCAUCUUCACGGGUUAUCCCUUUCAGGGCCAAGGUCGUGUGAACCAGCUAGGUGGCGUCUUCAUCAACGGCCGACCACUGCCUAAUCACAUUCGCUACAAGAUCGUAGAAAUGGCCGCCGCCGGCAUCCGUCCUUGCAUCAUCAGCCGCCAGCUGCGCGUAUCGCAUGGCUGCGUCUCGAAGAUCCUCAACCGGUACCAGGAGACGGGCAGCAUUCGACCGGGCGUCAUCGGAGGGAGCAAGCCACGGGUGGCCACGCCCGAAGUUGAGAAGAAGAUCGAGGAGUACAAGAACGGCAAUCCAAACAUCUUCAGCUGGGAGAUUCGCGACCGACUGAUCAAGGAGGGCAUCUGCGACAAGAACAGCGCACCUAGCGUCAGCUCCAUCAGUCGCGUUCUGCGCACUAAUCCACGCGGCUCCUCGGCGAUGAGCGGCGAGAUGAGCGACCACGAGGACAGCCUCACCAAGGACCACAGCAUCGAGGGCAUUCUCGGAG